UGUCGUCCAGGUAACCCUAACUCCCAAAAAAACUCAAAAAAAAAAAAAAAAACCCUAGCUCCCAGACCCUUCUCGGAUCCAGCAGCCAUGGCGGGAUCUUUGACGGCCGCCUCCUUCAACCCCCCCGCCGCCGAUCCCGCCAGCGCCAGCCCCUCCCGCUACCCCUUCUGGGUCCUCCUCGACAGCAGAGCCUACUUCGCCGACCGCGACAAUGCCACCACCGUGAAGGGCACGACGAGCACGGGCCAAGAAUUCAAGGUCACCUUCUGCCUCACCGACCCGCCUGCCGUCUCCUACCUGUGCGUCCACUUUCCCGCGAUCAGCAUACAGGAGUGUUGCACCACAGAGCCCCGCGUCGUCUCCGCCGCCAAUGACCUCGCCCUCCUCUGCUUCGCCUUCAGGUCCGGCUCCGGCACACCGAGCACAGACGAUGACUCCCCCCAUCACCUCGAGUACUUCGUCUACAAGGCUGCCCCCGGCGGCAAGCACUCCAUCCGACGGGUCCCUCCUUCUCCUCCAGACUACUCGCACACGCUGCACGCGGCCAUCGUGCCACGCGAGGGCGACAAUUUCUUGGUUGCUGAUCUUUCCCCGAAUGGGGACCUCGGGCACUACAACCUGCACGUCUUCUCGUCGGAGACGAGCGAGUGGAGCACCAAACACGUGCAGCUGAAGGUGCCUGCCAAUGUCCUGCCACGAGACCUGCCAAGCCAAACGGACAAGGUGAUCCGUCUCGGAGUAAGCACCGUUGGAUGGGUCGACCUCUGGCGCGGCAUCGUCGUCUGUGAUGUGCUUCAAAAGGAUCCUGCUCUCCGCUUCCUCCCGCUGCCCAAGGCCGAUUUCGACCUGCGACGGGAAGGCCGAGCACGGCAAGUGCGGGACGUCGUUGGCCUCCCCGACGGUUUCAUCAACUUCGUCGAGAUCGAAAACUGCAUCAGAUGGUUCACCGUUGUCAGUAAGAGCACGUUGAAGACAGCCGGCGUUUUUGACGUCGCGGAUACCAUCUCUGAUGUGAAGCUCCUCAGCCAUAGUGAUGAUGGUAUGGACGACGUUACGGAUGACAAUCCUGUGCGGCAUGCACCUGCUGGCUGGAAGAUACGGACAAUGCUUAGGAGCAUUCAUUGGGACUUAUGGCACAAGAGUCGCACUGUCCAUGCUGACCACAUAUCACCCUGCCCACCUGAACCCUCUAAGCUGACGCAUCAUCUAUGGAAUGAUAGAGACAUGAAAUGGACAUUGAGCAACCUCAAGACUACAGGGUUCCCGACCUUCAGUGUUUACGGUGGUAAUGCUGUCUACCUCGUGUCUAAGGUGGAGUCUCGGGAUGAAGACACAUUGCUUGUUGGUGUUGAUAUUAGAAAGAGGAAGCUGGAAGUCAUCGAACAAUAUUGUUGCGGCAGAUCCAUUUCUUUCGAUCCCAUUCCACUUGGUGCUGUUCAAAUUGUAGGGGGGCGGGAAGUCACCGAACCAUAUUGUGGUGGGAGAUCCACUGCUUUCAAUCCUAUUUCCUGUGCAUUCUCCGAAUAUCUCAAUACCACUCCAACUCCAAGGCCGUGUGAUGAGGAAGUUGCAACAGUGUCUGUUCACAGCGGUGUGCCGAAUGACCAUCUUGAAUUGGAGAAUACAACCUCACAAUUGCAAAUUAGCCAGUGCAGUAAAGCUGAGAGCAAAACCUAGUUGUGGUCAAUGUGAGUAGGCAUACUAGCUGGUGUUUUUAAAAUUUGACUUGUGAAGACAUUAUAUGUGGGGUGAGUGAUGAUGGGAAUCUUGGUUUAUUUGUGUCAGUGACCCGGUGUUGUGAUAUAUUGUACUUUUUGAAUAUUCCCUGGUUUGUUGUGGA